CAAACUCACUCUAUCUCAUUUCCUCUCCACUUCGCACUCACUGCUACAGAAGAAAACAUGCAAAUCCUCCAAAGCCCUCAUUUGUUUACAUUUCCUUCACACAGACCUUCCAGAACCCUACCAAAAUCCUAUCGCCUUCCCGUUCCUUUUCGUGCAGGAAACUUAUCGGUUUCCGGAAAAUUCGUUGUCAAGUCUGUUAGCUCCGAUGAGUUCCCCGUCGACGAGACCUUCCUGGAGAAAUUCGGCCCCAAAGACAAAGAAACGGAAGACGAAGCUCGCCGCAAGAACUGGAUCGAGCGUGGCUGGGCUCCGUGGGAAGAGAUUCUCACUCCUGAAGCCGAUUUCGCCCGCAAAAGCCUCAACGAAGGCGAGGAGGUUCCGCUGAAGACUCCGGAGGCGAUAGAGGCGUUUAAGAUGCUGAACCCUAAGUACCGGAAGAAGAAGAUGGAGGAGAGUGGACUGACCGAGGACGAGUGGUACGCGAAGCAAUUUGAGAUCAAAGGCGAGAUUCCGGAGCCGGUGAGGACGUUUUGGGACGGUCCAUUGGUUGUGCGACAUGUGCCUCCGAGAGAUUGGCCACCGAGAGGGUGGGAGGUUAAUCGGAAAGAGUUGGCUUUUAUACGCGAGGCGCACAAGUUACAGGCGGUGAGAGUUGAUCCGAAAGGAUUGGAAUCAGCUAGGACGAACACGGAUGAUUUGAAUUUGGAGAGGUAUAAGAUGUUCUUGAAGCAGUACAAUGAGUGGGUUGAACACAACAAAGAUAGAUUGGAAGAGGAGUCAUUUCAGGACGAUCAAGAUUACCAUCCAGGUAGGAGGAAAAGAGGCAAAGACUAUGAAGAAGGCAUGUAUGAGCUUCCAUUUUAUUAUCCUGGACAAAUUUGUGCAGGUAAAGUUACUACUCUUCACCUUUAUCAAGGAGCAUUUGUUGACAUUGGAGGUGUAUAUGAUGGGUGGGUCCCUAUAAAAGGCAAUGAUUGGUAUUGGAUUCGCCACCACAUAAAAGUUGGUAUGCACGUCAUUGUUGAAAUCCUGGCAAAGCGAGAUCCUUACCGCUUUCGAUUUCCUAUUGAAAUGCGCUUUGUUGAUCCUAAUAUUGAUCACCUGAUCUUUAACAGAUUUGAUUUUCCACCAAUAUUUCAUCAUGACGAGGAUACUAAUCCAGAUGAAUUACGGCGUGAUUGUGGACGACCUCCUAUUCCUAAAAAAGAUCCAGGAAUCAAAGUGGAAGAGGAACCUUUGUUGUCAAAUCAUCCUUAUGUUGAUAAGUUAUGGCAGAUCCAUGUUGCUGAGCAAAUGAUUUUGGAUGAUAUGGAGGUUAAUCCUCAUAAAUAUGAGGGUAAAAAGCUGACAGAGUUAACUGAUGAUGAGGAUUUCGAUGAAGAAAACAGUGUUGAAUAUACCAAAGUUUAUUAUAAGAAAUCUUUGUUACCAAAAAAGAUUCUGAAAACAAGUGUCAGAGAACUUGAUCUGGAAGCUGCUCUUGCUGAGCGUGAGUACCAUAAUAAAUUAAGGAAGGAAGCAAAAGAAAGAGGAGAGGAAUAUAAAAUCUACAAGCUGAGACGAAACAUUGAAAUGGAUGAGUAUGACCUAAUCCAUUGGCGCCGAUCUUUUGAAGAAAGAGAAGCACUGAUCAGAGACAUCAGUUGUCGGCAGGCGCUUGGGCUCCCAUUGGAGGAGCCAGGGAAGUUGGUAGAUGCAAGUUACUUUGGGAAGGGCCAAUAUGAUCCUCAACACCCAUUGUAUCGAUAUGACUACUGGGGAGAACCCAAGAACUCAGAAAAGAGUAAGCAGCAGAGAAUGACAGAUGCCCACAACAAAUCUAUUGUGGGCAAAGGCACCGUUUGGUAUGAAAUGUCCUAUGAGGAUGCCAUCAAGCAGCGUAUGCAGAGAGAAGCCCGUGCCAAAGAAAUGAGGAAAGAAGCUGCUGAAGAAGAUGACGAUACAGAGGAAGAGGAUGAUGAUGAUGAUGACGACUUUGAUUUCAGCAUCCUAGGUGACUCAAGUGUUGAUUAUUCAAAUCAGCCUCUGGUGAACGGAACUGAAUCUUCUAGAAUGUCCGAUGAAGGUAUGUUUGAGAAUUAGCGUGACGUGGGUAACAUUGCACAGAAGAGGUAGAGGAGUAUCUGUUAUUUUGUACAGCGAUGGAUUAUAGUUAGGGAAGAGAAAUGGAUUUUGUGAGGCCCAUUCUUGAAAAGCUUGGUAUUUCUUUUUUCAGGUGUUGGUUUAGAAAAUAUAUAUAUAUUUACACCUGAAGAUCCCUAAGAUGGGGCCAUUAUCCCUGAUCCCUAAGCUUGCACCUCGACUUGUAUCCCUGAUCAAGUUACCUUGGUUGUUUCUUUUUCCUGUAGACUCUGGCCCAAGCUGGGAUUUGGCUGUAACCCAGAUCUUAUGCUUCAAUUUCAGGCCUGAGCUCGGCCCAAGUAGUGAGCAUCAA